UGAAGUGAAAGGAUCGCUUUGGCCCAGGAGGUGGAGGCUGCAGUGCACUGAGAUCGUGCCACUGCACUUCAGCCUGGGGGACAGAGUGAGACCCUGUCUCAAAAAAACAAAAACAACAACAAAAAACACCAAUCUGAGCAAACAUUUCCCUAAACCAAGUGAGGUUAUCUCUGGGUAGUUUGGACGGUCACUGUUUCACUUCCAAGUUUACUAAUCUUGCAAACUGGUAAAUGGAAAAUGAAAACUGCCCAUCAUUCGUUCAUGCGACGAUGAGUUACUACAUCUCGUGAAGGACCCAGAAUGCUGGAUACUCAGGUGUUUCCAGGGCGUUGGGCAGGGGUGGGGACGCUGUCCGCUGUCCUGAGUCCCUGUCCCUGACCGUGCCCUUGAGACCCUGCCUACUCUGCUUCUGCUUUUCCCUCUGUUUUCGUCAUUCUGUUUUGUUUCUUCUACUCACUCCCGGGCUUGCCUCGGGAAAAGGAAACUGAAACCGAAGCUGAAUCUGGCCACUAGGCUCAGGCUCCCCUGGCACGCCCCCUGACAUGUGCGGCUCAGGCUUAUAAAAGGGCCGGUGGUGGCUCGGGAGCUGGCAGCCCAGAGGCAGCGCAUUCAUCUUUGCUGUAUGGGAGCUUGUGCCACAGCCCACAGCCAUGGGCCGGGACCUGACAGUGAAGAUGCUGGGGGGCCACGAGUUCCAGGUGCCCCUGAGCAACUCCAUGUUGGUGUCAGAGCUGAAGGCAAAGAUCACCCAGAAGAUCGGUGUGCACGCCUUCCAGCAGCGUCUGGCCAUCUACCCGAGUGGCAUGGCACUGCAGGACAGGGUCCCCCUUGCCAGCCAGGGCCUGGGCCCCGGCAGCACCAUCCUGCUGGUGGUGGACAGCUGUCAUGAACCUCUGAGCAUCCUGGUGAGGAAUGACAAGGGCCGCAGCAGCACCUAUGAGGUGGCACUGACACAGACCGUGGCGCAGCUGAAGCGGCAAGUGAGCCAGCAGGAGGGCGUGCAGGAAGACCUGUUCUGGCUGACCUUCGAGGGGAAGCCCAUGGAGGACCAGCUCCCGCUGGGAGAGUAUGACCUCAAGCCCCUGUGCACCGUGUACAUGAAUCUUCGCCUGCGGGGAGGCAGCGCAGAGCCUGGCAGGCUGAGCAGAGGGCCUCCUGCCAGCAUCUGAGCAGGAUCAAGUGCUGGAAAUAAAGGUUGCUGCAA